UUCCCUUUGAGUGUAUUAUAAUUUUGUGAUAAAAAUUUCAAGGAAAAAACACACACAACCUCCUUCCUCCCUUCCUUCAGGGAGGGAAGAGAGUUUGAGCGGAGAGAAAAAUCUAUCCGAGGCAGAACAGGGACAGUGAGAAAAAUAUAUGAGUGGGAGAGGGAGAAGGAGGAGGAGGAGAAGGAGGGGGGAGCAAAUUAAAAGUUGCCAAAUGGAGAUAUUGGGUUUCAAGAGGAGUGAGACAGGAGUAAAGGGUUUGCCUCUUUGAGUCGUCUUUAUGUUUUGCUAAUCGGGAUUAAUAUGUAUGUCUCGACACGGUUUAGCCCCGUAGCAUUUUCGACGAUUUCUAGCCGACGUUUCCAAAACAGGCGUCGUCAACACCGCGGCUAGCUAACCAGAACAGGCCGAUGUUUAUCGUUAAAAUGCUGCGGAGCCGUCCAGUACGGAAAGCUACCCGACCAGCAGACGGGCUGCUACAGAAUCCACCGAUUGAAACGCGUCGGUUCGGCAUAUCGAGACAAAUGUGACGUUUUUCAUGCUGGCAGAUGAGCCACAUGGAGGACAAAUGAAAGCCUCCCCAACAGAGAAAGAAAGAUCACGUCAGCGACGACCAGCCACAGGCUGGACGACGGGCGUUUUGUGCUGCUUGAAUGCGAUUAUCAUUCUGUCGAUUCAGUCUAUUUUUGGAAAUAAAACUUGCAGGCUGUACGUUAUCUGGCUUGCUAAAGCCACGGCGACACCAUGCAGCACCAGUAGCAGGACGACAGCAGGGACUAGCUUGGUUUGCGUCGAAGCAUGCAUGUCAGGACGGUUUUUUGAGGCUGAAUUUGUGCGCUAAAUUAUACUAAAUGUCCGGCCUUUUCGGAUAAGGGGGCUUUAUUUCGACGACUGUGAUCAAAAUUGGCCUUAUUUCUACAAUCUAGUGCUUUUCAGCCGCUAAAAUAGUCGUUUUGCCAGCAUAGGCACUUAGGUGUUAUUUUUUUUCCGUCUAACGUUAGACUUUCACUCAAAACCAAAUGCUUAACUGUGGACGUUAGCUUACAUUUUGGAGUCAAAGCUUGAGUUUUUGUUGGUUUGUUUGUUUUGGACUGCUGACAGGAAGGAGUGCAGUUACAUUUUGUAUACAUAUUUUACAUAUACAAACAGUCCACACUUGGAGAUUUUUGUGAAAUAAACGUAUUGUGUUAAUUGUUUUUGUUUUCGUUUUUUCGUCUGUUUGAAAAACUCGACAUGGCUUCCUCGCAUUUGCGUGACAUUAUGUCAUUUUUGAAGGACAAAAGAGCCUCAGUGGUUGUAGUAGCCUGUCCUCUUAUAACGACAAAAUGUCUGCUCGGUAUGGCUAUAAGAAGAAUAGCUAACUCGAUUUUCUGUGACAUAGUUUGCUUUUGGUAGGAUUCUUGGUGUUUAUAAAUCACAGCGGAGUCACUUCAAAUACCCCAUUUUAGUGCAGCUACUCCGUCCUCCUUUGUUCUCCCUGAACCAAAGAUGGAGGCUGAACGUGGCUCAGUUGUAAAGACAGCCUGUGUCAUGCUGAGCACUUUGUUAGGUGCAUACUUUUACUGGCUGACACAACAUAAAGCCAGCACCUCCUUCAAUGUAGAAACUCGAACAACCAUUCAAGGUACAAAUGGAGAAGGGUGGAGUUAUUUACACUCAAAUGCCCCUUUACACUCUGUGCAAACUGGAAAGACAACCAAUGUGGCAUAACAGAGGGGGUGGGAGUUGGUGUGUCAGUGACAAAUAUCUGUAGGUGAGGAUGAAGGCCAUCCUGUUGCUGAAUUACACACAGACCUAUCAUUGCACUGAGUAACAUACUGAGGAACAAAUUUUCCCCCUCUUCCUCUCUCCUCUCCACCCUGUAUUUGACACACCCAUCUCUCUUUCUGUCUCAUCGUCCUCACUCUCCAGCACUCCCACGCCAUGUAAUUUACAGUUUUGUAAUCUGACUAAAUGCAGUUUCUCACCCUGCAGCCCAGGAAACAAAGGGUGAUAAAUGACUGAAUCCAUGGUUCCUGCUGGAAAUCUGUGUCAUGGAUGAUGAGGACGAUCGCCAUCUUCUUGAUAUUUUAGGAGAUGUGGAUGCAUUGAAUGAUUAUCUCCAUGGCAGCAACAGCAAGUCUAUUGAGGAGGAUGAUGUAACAAAUGCAGCUUAUGGGUCAGAUGGAUCCUUCUUUGCUAAUGACACGACUGGCUCCAACUCUGGCCUCAAGGGUGGCUCUUCUUCCGUGGGUGAAUUCGGCGAGGAUUCAGCAGGGGCAGGCCUCCAGCUCUCCAGCAGCCUUUCAUUUAUCGAGGAUGAACUGGGGCCAGAAACGUCCCCUGGAGGGGUGGACCUCGGGGGAGAGGACCAGCCCUUUGAUAUCCUACAGAAGUCUCUCAUGGAGGCUGAUAUCACAGAGCAGACUUUGGCCCAGGAGGCCUUACUGGACUCUCAGCCUGCUCCAACUAUAGUGCAAGCUCCAUUCCCCUCCCAGCUGGUCUCUGGGGGUUAUGGAGGGGGAGUGGGUGUGGUAACCACGGCGACAGCUGCGUUCCCUACAGGCCAGUUCCUGCAAGGGGUUUCCCAGCUGCCCAACGGCUCUUCCCAGCACAUCCAGGUGUUGGGCUCGUUUGGAGCAGGUGGUGGUGUGAUGACUCUGAGCAGCUUGGAGAGAUCUCCUCAGAUUGUACUGAGGCCUGGGGCGCCUGUAUCUGCAGCAGGGACCCCAACAGGGGGGCAGGUGUUUGCCCCUACUCAAGGACAGGUAGGCCAAGUUGGUUUACCGUUCAAAAACAUCCCCCUUCAGAAUAUCAUCAUCCAGAGAGGCCCAGGAGGGGCUCAGGCUCUUGUCAGACCUAUCCAGCCUAAACCGCUUCAGGGUGGGGCUCAGACUGUCUACAGCCUCGGUCUCCAGCCCACUCCCGCCACCUUGGCUAAUGUAGUUAAUGCUAACACUGCUGCUCCUGGGGCACAAUACACUGCCAAUGGCUCCAUAGUAGUACAGCCACCUCUGGAGCAGCAACAAGCACAGGCCCAGACAAAUAUACCACCUGGACAGUUCUUACUGCCCAGUUCUUUGGCGCUCACGCCGGCCAGCACCAUCCACAAUGGUCCCGCUGACCCCAACUCAAAUGCCCUAAUUACCAGCCAGAAUGCAGUGCAGAUUGUUGCAGGGAAGAACUUCACUGCACCACCAGGAGGCCAGCUAAUUUUAAAUCAGGGAGUAGUCGCCGGGAGUCAGGUUGGAGGGCCUGUAAGCCAAACAUGGACUGGAGUUUCUUGUGCGAGCUCCACCGCUGUGCAGACAUCGUGCGCUCCUGGGCGGCUCACCCUGGUUGGCCCAGCAAUGGCGGGGAUCAGUGGUCAAGGCCAAGUAACGGCUAGCCCUGUUCAGCGCCUUCUCGUGACUCAGACUCAGAAUUGCACUUCUCUGUCCCCUUUACCUGGUACUGUGACACAGGAGCAACAAGACUACAGACAGAACUCUUCAUCACCUGCCCUCAAACAGGACAGACAGGCACAACUCAGCAGCAUCCACGCCAUGACACAAGACUCAACGCUAAACUCUCAGGUCAGUGCUCAGAAGAGACCUGCCCUUCCAACACUUACAAGAGGAGGAAUGGUUUUACAACAGUUGAGGAAGGAUCAUGCUGCAGUUCAGACCCCAGAUCGGCGUCGAUUCGCUUCGAUUGAUGAUGCAUUGCAAAGACUCCUCCCUUACCACGUGUUCCAGGGGGCUCCACCCAGCCACGAUGAGUUCUCACAAGUGGAUGAGGAAUUUGAGGCAGUCGCAGCUCAGGUGCUGAAGAGAACCCAUGCCAUGGUAAACAAAUACAGACGGCUGCUGAUGGUGGAAGCUGAGCGUUUCAGUCCAUCGUCAGAAAUGGUGAUGAUUGACAGGACCUUCAACCAAGAGGAGCGCAGCAAUCUGACGCAAGACAAACGUAUGGUACUAGUGGAUCCAGACAGCUUCUUGGAAGACUUCUGUUGUGGGUUGAAAUCCAAACUUUUACAAGAUCCCCUACCCUCUCAGUCGUUGUCCGUCUGUAGUUGGAAUCAGUCGGACAGAGGCUCUGCGGAGCCACCAUACAGGACAGACUCCCAGCCCGGGUGUGGAGACCCGGGAGGGGGUGGGGCUGUAGGUACAGGUGGAGCAGAUAAACUCCACCCUCCACACUUAGAAAACAAAAGCAUCCAGGAAAUGAAAAGAUCCCAGCAACACUAUGGGCCCAGCAGCACCAGCAACAACAGCCUGACGGCGGCAAACAGUUAUCCCCAAGGUAACCGCUCACCUUUUGCAGCAAUGUCAGGAGGACAGACGCACUACCAGGUGUCUCACCACCUGUCCUCCCACUCGAUCCAGCCCCAGUACCCCCCUCAGCUCACAACACCCCCUCACCCUGACACGGACUCUGCUCUAGAGGCUGCAGUCAACAGCAUCUUGGAAUGUUAAGAUUGAUGCCCCAGGUCAUCCAUAAUGUAUGGUUUUGACUUAUUUUGUGUGUGUGUGUGUGUAUGUGUGUGUGCGUGCGUGUGCGCAUGUUUACUUGUCUAAAUCUCCUGUCGUAAGAUUUGUUGUAUUCCCCCACAUUCCUGUGUGAAGAGACGUUAGCUCUUCUCCCAGUUGCAUUAUCUUUGUGAAACCAUCUCCAGCCAUGUAGCAUGGAUUUUGUUUGUUGAUUUUGUUGUAUCAUUUUUUUUUGGAGGGGCGGGGGGGAUCAGGCAUGAUUGAGGAGCCAGAGUCUCCGUCAGGGCUGAGUGAGGCACUUAAAAUUACCUAUGAAGAUCCGGGCAUGUGUGCAAUGCAGUGGACUAACAGAUGGAAAUUGUUUUGUGUAUUUGAACAUUAUUUUAAAGGGGCAAGGUGUGCGAUUUCAGUAGAUUGAGCGUCCCUCCCUUCACACACACACACACAGUCGAUAUUUUGUGCCAGUUGAUUACCCCCCGGCGCACACACACCUAUGCUGAAAAACAGGGAUGAGGAGGAGGGACAAAAUGAUGACUCUGUGCCUAAUUUUAGGUUUUUAUUUUAUUUUGAAGUGUUUACAUGAAGAAGCUCUAUUCAAAAAUAUCCAUUCACUGUUCUUGCAUUACGAACACGCACAGCGCGCGGACACACACAUGCGUGCGCGCUUUAGUGCAAUGCUUUAGGCAGGUUCAUGGUUCAGGGCUGCAGAUUUCCUUUAAGGUAAGCUCAGCAGAGACACAUUCACAGACCAAUUGCACUAAAUGCACUGUUGCUUAUUUCAGGAACUAUUUGGAUUUGCGGCUCUUGGCGAAAUACAUUACAUGCUAGGCUAAACAGAAGGUGACCUGCCUUAGUCAGUCCUUAACCACACUAGAAGCCAGUCAAACCAGUCACAUACAGUAGACAUAGUUAGCGUUCCUGUACUCAGCAGUGCUUUUCUUUUUUUUUUUUUUUUUAAGUUUGUGCUUAAGUCACAUUUUCUUUGGCAUUUUUUUUUUGUCUUGUACCUUAAAGGUAUGCAAGCCCCGACGCAGACACAGGACAAAUCUCCAUCUCAACAACCACUUUUAUCAUUUCACAUUGUGUUUGUGUCACGGGAGCUCAGUCCUCAGAUUGAGGAAGAUAUGUUACAUUAUGUUUAUCUUUUUUUAAAUUUAGAUUUUUAUUUCCUCAUUUUUAGAGAUGACUUUAAACAAAAAAAAAAAAAAAAAGAGAUGGCUGUUUUUGUUUGUUGUGAUGUGUUCCCCCGGCUGUGUGAACAUGACGGUGUCGUCAUUAGUUUAAACAACCCCGGAGGGCCAUUGAUUGUACCUGUUUUGUCUGCCUUCUGCAUACAGUGUAAUGAUACAGUGAUCAUAUCUGUCUAUGCUUUACUAUCUCGACAUGUCUAUCAGUGUGUGCGUGUGUGUGUUACACUGGCCAUUGUGUUCAUGUGGUUUGGCUGUUUGAUCGCCACACUCUCGACUCUGUUCCCGAGUGUUCGUUCAGCCCUCCGGGAUGUUUUUCUCACUUUCGAGUGUUUUUGUUUCAAGCGUUUCUCACAUUUCUUCUCGUUUCCCUCUCAGCAGCGCAACCAAAAUUCAUUAUAGGAGAGAGUGUGGUCUCGUCCAGAAUCACUGUUGGAUCUUGUUGUCUUUGUGCUGGUGAAAGGCGCUCGGUGGCUGUUCAAAAGAAGCUGUUGGGUUUCCUGUGAAUCUCUGCCCCUAAGUGGCUCCCACUGUGUUUUUGUUUUGUUGAGUUUUCAUUUUAGAGCUAAAACUUAGCUUACUGUGAUAUUUAAUUAUAAUGAAGCUUUAAUCCUAAAUAUUGGAUUUCUGUUUUUUGCCAGUAUAUCUACAGAAAUCUGUAGCACGAAAGAGCAGUUUCUGCCAAGCCCAACACAGGACCAAAGCUUAGGUUUAAUGUGUUAAAUGCUCUUCGAGUUGAUUCUGAAUGGUGUCACCUUUCUCCUAUAAAAAUGUCUGUGAAAUAUGCUUGUCAGUAGCUGCAGGAGCAGACUGAAGGCCUUUUAUAUGGGGUGAUAUUUUGUGUUUGAGUGCCAGCAGCCAUCGCAGCCUGCCUGUAUUUCUGCCUAUAGACCUCUGAUAUCUACCAGUGCACACUGAGAAAACUCGGCUCUCUGCUUGCAUAGCAAAUCUCCAGUGACAUGCAAGGGUCACUUGAGAUUUUUUUUUUUUUUUUUUGCUCCUUCAAGUGGUUGCUGCAAGACUUUGUGCCUCUAUAGCACUUACAUCCACAAGAGAGUUAGUUUCAGACUUGCACAAAGUAGAGACAUGUUCAGUGUGGGUGAAACGUUGUGUUAUCUUGAUGCAUAUCAGCGUCUGAGGGCCUGGUAGAACAUACUGUGCUUUUUCUCCCCCGUUUUCAGUGCAGAGAUUUUCUGCUUCCAUUUUCACUGUUAUUUUGUCUCACUUGAUUUGUAUAGUUUGUUGUUUUGUAUAAAAAUGAAAAGUGAAACACAAAAUAUUUAUAAUUUUUGUAUGGAGACAAAAAAGAAGAAUGUAAAACAAAAACGUGAGAAAAUGGAAAUUAUUUUUUAUUGUGUUGGCUGAGAAGCAGCAUCAGGAAAAGAAAAUGUUCUAAAAAUACUGUCGUUUCUUCAUUUGUAGCUAAUGUGUGUUCACUACAGCAACAAAGAGAGUCAACAAUAAAUUCAUUUUGAAUACAAUAA